GGUCGAAGAUAUGUACGAAAGAGCCACCUGAACAGACACAUGAUGAUUCAUACAGGACAAAAACCAUUUGUCUGUUCUGAGUGUGGUAAAAGAUUUGGACAAAAGAACAGCCUGAACAAACACAUGAUAAUUCAUACAGGACAAAAAUCAUUUGUCUGUUCUGAGUGUGGUAAAAGAUUUGGACUAAAGAGCAACCUGAACACACACAUGAUAACUCAUACAGGACAAAAAGCAUUUGUCUGUUCUGAGUGUGGUAAAAGAUUUGGGCGAACGAACAGCCUGAACCAACACAUGAUAAUUCAUACAGGUCAAAAACCAUUUGUCUGUUCUGAGUGUGGUAAAAGAUUUGGACGAAAGAACAGCCUGAAUGAACACAUGAAAAUUCAUACAGGCCAAAAACCAUUUGUCUGUUCUGAGUGUGGCAAAAGAUUUGGACGAAAGAACAGCCUGAAUGAACACAUGAAAAGUCAUACAGAACAAAAACCAUUUGUCUGUUCUGAAUGUGGUCGAAGAUUUGGACAAAACAGCCAGCUGAAAAUACACAUGAUAAUUCAUACAGGACAAAAAGCAUUUGUCUGUUCCGAGUGUGGUAAAAGAUUUCGACGAAAGAACGGCUUGAACGAACAUAUGAUAAUUCACACAGGACAAAAACUACUUGUCUGUUCUGAAUGUGGUCGAAGAUUUGGACAAAAGAGCCACCUGAAAAUGCACAUGAUAAUUCAUACAGGACAAAAAUCAUUUGUCUGUUCU